AUGGAUAACAACAAAAAGCAAACAUGGUCUUCUUCAUCAUCAACUGUAAAAUUCGAUCAACUUUUCGGCCUCAAAGACUCUUCGCCUGUGCCUUCUUCUUCCUCCGUGUUUGGCUCCAUUUUCCCACCAACACCACCACCCCAUGUUGAGGUCAGAGGAUCAAGAGCACAAGAGGUGGGAAGAAAAAAUCUCGGAACACCAGGAAGUUCUAAUAGUAACAAGAAUACUAGUAGCAAUUAUCAGAAUGUGACAGGAGAACCUAGCUACUUCAGCUCUUCAAUCCACUAUGGUGGCCAAGAAAAUUAUUCCUCAAGAAACAGGACCACUGAAUCCCACCAUGUUUUGAAGAAAGAUAAGAAUCAUGGUGACCUCAAUGGCAACAAUUCAAACAGUGCUUCAAGAGGUGAUUGGUGGGAAGGUUCCCUUUAUUACUAA